UGAGGGGGAUCAGUUUGAAAGCGAUAUCACAGUUUUUUUACCAAUAACCGUCGGUGUUACGAUAUCAGCUGACAUGCGCAAAUUUGCCCUGACGUAUUAUCAGCCGUAUUAUAAAAGCGACAGCAUUUUAGGCCCUAAAUCCCAUUAUAUAAGACAAUGUUUAAAGCCGCAUUAUAUCGUCGAUAAGGAAAAUUUUUAACGUAAUACGCCCUGUCAAAACCGUGUCGCCAUUGAAAUACGUACUGUUUUGAAUUACCUUUGAAAGAUCGCGGUAUUAUAUUGCACUUGGAUUACCUCUAAACGAUCAGUAUUACCGUAAUGUAAGUUGUGUUGAAUUUAUGAUGACGAAUCUAGGUCAAUGCACUGUACCCAGGUAGCGGCCCAGCUUGUUUUAAACAUGUCAGUGAUCAUACGUGAUGCCGUGAGGGAGGAUUGUGUUGCUAUUCAUGGCUUGAUUAAGGAACUCGCUCAGUUUGAGAAGUUUCCAGAUGGUGUAAAAACUACGCAUGAAGAGCUUGCCAAUCACGGUUUCGGUCCCCACGUCUUCUUCAAAUGUAAAGUAGCUGAAACAGCCGAGUCUAAACAGGUUGAACCACAGAAGAAAGUUGUUGGAUAUGCUUUGUAUUAUCUAACGUAUUCGACAUGGGAAGGGCCGUCAAUGUUCCUGGAAGAUCUGUACGUGACACCGGCCUAUCGUGGUAAAGGUACAGGCGCUGCCCUCUUCAGGGCAGUUGCAAAGGCGGCUGUUCAGGACAAAUGCGCACGGAUGAUGUGGUGCGUGCUUGACUGGAACAAGCCAGCUAUCAAUAUGUAUCGAAAGUUUGGGGGAUAUGACAUUACAGAAGAAGAGAAAUGGCACAUGUAUCGGAUGAACAGAGACAUUCUACAACAAGUCGCUGAUGACCAGAGUGUGUUCUGAUUUAGAGAUAAAUACAAACACAUUAAAAUAGGUUUUAAAAAAGAAGAAAGAG